AUGGGAGACAUGGGCGAUCCACCAAAAAAAAAACGUCUGAUUUCCCUAUGUGUUGGUUGCGGCAAUCAAAUUCACGAUCAGUAUAUUCUGAGGGUUUCUCCGGAUUUGGAAUGGCAUGCAGCGUGCUUGAAAUGUGCGGAGUGUAAUCAGUAUUUGGACGAGAGCUGUACGUGCUUUGUUAGGGAUGGAAAAACCUACUGUAAAAGAGAUUAUAUCAGGUUGUACGGGAUCAAAUGCGCCAAAUGCAGCAUAGGCUUCAGCAAAAACGACUUCGUGAUGCGCGCCCGCUCCAAGGUGUACCACAUCGAGUGUUUCCGCUGUGUAGCCUGCAGCCGACAGCUCAUCCCGGGAGACGAAUUUGCACUGCGGGAGGAUGGGCUUUUCUGCCGCGCGGACCACGAUGUGGUGGAGAGGGCCAGCCUGGGAGCUGGAGACCCUCUCAGCCCCUUGCAUCCAGCGCGGCCACUGCAAAUGGCAGCUGAGCCCAUCUCAGCUAGGCAGCCAGCUCUUCGGCCUCACGUCCACAAGCAGCCCGAGAAGACCACCCGCGUGCGGACUGUGCUCAACGAAAAGCAGCUGCACACCUUGCGGACCUGCUAUGCCGCCAACCCUCGGCCAGAUGCACUCAUGAAGGAGCAACUAGUGGAGAUGACCGGCCUCAGCCCCCGAGUGAUCCGAGUCUGGUUUCAAAACAAGAGGUGCAAGGACAAGAAACGCAGCAUCAUGAUGAAGCAGCUCCAGCAGCAGCAGCCUAACGACAAAACUAAUAUCCAAGGGAUGACAGGAACUCCCAUGGUGGCUGCUAGUCCGGAGAGACACGAUGGUGGCUUACAGGCUAACCCUGUAGAGGUGCAAAGUUACCAGCCACCCUGGAAAGUACUGAGCGACUUCGCCUUGCAGAGUGACAUAGAUCAGCCUGCUUUUCAGCAACUGGUCAAUUUUUCAGAAGGAGGACCAGGCUCUAAUUCCACUGGCAGUGAAGUAGCAUCGAUGUCCUCUCAACUCCCAGAUACACCCAACAGCAUGGUAGCCAGUCCUAUUGAGGCAUGA